AAAACAAAACAUAAAGAGAACAACGUCACAUUUACGCGCCGGCGUUAUUCUUCCUAUUAGCCAUUGCAACUGUUUGAAGCAGUGAUUGCCAUCAUGGUGGUGUUUCCGAGCUCGCUGACGGAGGAAGAGGAGGCUUUACAAAAGAAAUAUGCUAAACUCAAGAAAAAGAAAAAGGCACUGGUUGCUUUGAAAAAGCAGAGUUCAACCAACCAGACAAACCAGAGUGGCUUGAAACGGACACUGUCAGACCAGCCUGUUGUUGACACUGCAACAGCAACAGAACAAGCAAAGAUGCUCAUCAAGUCAGGGGCCAUCAGUGCUAUUAAAUCUGAGAAUAAAAACUCUGGAUUUAAAAGGUCUCGAAUGCUGGAAAUUAAGCUCAAGGACCCUGAAAAAGGCUCAGUUCCUGCUUUCUUACCAUUUCAAAGGAGUGUCUCGACAGAUGAAGACCAGCCUGAGUCUGGAAAAAGAGCCCACAGGAAGUCUCUGUAUGAGAGCUUUGUUAGUUCAAGCGACCGAUACCGGGAUGAGGACGAAGGAGGCAGCAUGUCAUCCAGCCGGGACAUGGAGAGAGACAGAGAGCGCGAGCGGGACCGUGACCGAGAUUUGGAUGGAGAACGGGAAAGGGAGAGAGACAGAGAACGGGACAGAGAUCGAGACCGAGGCAGGGAAAGAGACAGGGAAAGAGACAGGGAACGAGACAGGGAACGGGACCGGGAACGAGACAGAGACCGAAGCCGAGACAGGGAUCGAGACCGGGAAAGAGAGAGAGAUGGACCCUUCAGACGGUCAGACUCGUACCCAGAGCGCAGAGGAGUGCGAAAGGGGAACACCGUUUACGUUUAUGGCUCUGGGCUCGGCGAGGACAGCCUGCGCUCGGCUUUCUCUCAACACGGAAACAUCAUCGAUCUCUCGAUGGACAACCCACGCAAUUGUGCAUUUAUCACUUUUGAGAAGAUGGAGUCUGCAGACCAGGCUGUUGCUGAGUUGAAUGGAACCACGGUGGGAGACGUUCACAUCAAAGUCAGCAUCGCCAGGAAGCAGCCGAUGCUGGACGCUGCCACUGGCAAAUCUGUGUGGGCUUCACUGGCCGUGCAGAACAGCACUAAAGGCUCCUACCGGGACAAAAGGAACCAAGUGGUGUACAGUGAAGAUCUUUUCCUGGGAUGAAAAGUCCAUGUUUUUGUUGCUCUGUUUCUGAGCUGCUAACCUGCUGCAUGUGCUUUGUAGAAGACAUAAAAGAUUAUCAGUAGCCUUUUUGAUCAGAGCAUUGUAGUUACUCUAGGCUGGAUGUAAUGCUACAUAUGCAGCUUUGCAUGUGAAACUACACAUCUGAGCUCAAAAAGUAAAAGAAUUGUAUUUGUGAAUGUUUUCUUUUGUGUAGGUCACUCAUUCAUAUUAAAAAAACAUGCGACUUCUAAUUUAUAUAUUAAAUGACUCAGUUUUGACUCUAAAAGUACCUUCUAGAAAGAAACAUCUUGUCUUCUGAGAUGUGCCCUGCUAUCUGUUUUCAUGGAAAAAAGUAGACUCAUUAUCCUCAUUGUCAGCUUCAUGUUUUUUAUUCUUGGACUCUUCUGGAGUAGAAUUGUAUGAAUCUAACCUUUUCUUAUCAACCAUUCAGCUCAUGCUCUACAAUAAGCCAGUUUAGCUCCUGUCCUUCGAAUUGACUUUCUUCUGAUUUGCUACUCCUUGCAAAAAGGUGUUGGUGGGGCUUUAGUGGAUUAACAGUAACUCGAAACAGAGAAGUUUCUCUCUAGCUGUUUUAUUUACUCAUUCACAGACUCUGACUUGCAGUCAGUCACUGCGCUGACUCCACGUACAACAUAUUCAAGUUGAAGACUGCAGUUCUGAGUCAAAAACAAUGUUAAAACGAACACUUUACACAGUAGGAAAAGCACAAGUGUGAAUAAUAAAAAAUAUGGACUGUUAAAAUUUC